AUGACUUCUCAACACUCGCGGAGGUCUCGCGAGUCUACCCGCCCCGAGAUGUCCAUCGGGCGAUACACAAGGCUCGAUGAGAUCGGUCGAGGGAGCUUUGCAACAGUUUAUCAGGGUGUUCAUACUAAAUCCCGCACCUUUGUAGCCAUCAAGUCUGUCAACAUGUCGAAGCUGAACAAAAAGCUAAAAGACAACCUUUCCUCCGAAAUCGAUAUCCUCAAGGGCCUACACCAUCCGCAUAUCGUCGCGCUCAUCGACUGCCAUGAGUCCACCUCACAUAUCCAUCUGGUUAUGGAAUACUGUGCGUUGGGGGAUCUUUCACUCUUUAUUAAGCGUCGUGAUACCCUUGCCGGUCAUCGAUACACUCAGAAUAUGAUUGCCAAAUAUCCAAAUCCACCGGGCGGAGCGUUGAAUGAGGUCGUGACUCGACAUUUCCUGAAACAACUUUCUAGCGCUUUGAAAUUUCUUCGAGAUCGAAACCUCAUCCAUCGGGAUAUCAAACCACAAAACCUUUUACUUUGCCCUUCACCUUCCUCAUACAGAAGUGGAACGGCCCAAGUAGUACCUUUCAAGGGCAGCGAUGACUCUUACGAGCCGAUUACCGGGCUGGUGUCUUUACCAAUGCUAAAGAUUGCAGAUUUCGGAUUCGCGCGGUCACUGCCGGCGACUUCGCUAGCUGAAACUUUGUGUGGCUCCCCACUAUAUAUGGCCCCUGAGAUCCUUAGGUAUGAAAAAUACGACGCCAAAGCUGAUUUGUGGUCCGUUGGAACCGUGCUUUAUGAGAUGGUCGUGGGACGACCUCCAUUCAGGGCGACAAAUCACGUUGAGCUACUCCGCAGGAUUGAGAAAGGGGAGGAUCGAAUCCGAUUUCCAGAGGAAAAUCCAGCAUCCGAUAAUAUCAAGAAGCUGAUCCGGGGUCUCUUGAAGCGGAACCCGGUGGAAAGAUUGAACUUUCCUGAGUUCUUCAAUGAUAUUGUGAUCACUGAUCAGAUUCCCGGGUUAUUGGGAGACGAUCUACCUCAACCUCCACGACGUUCUUCUACAGAAGACGCCAAUGAGCCAAGUCCAUACGGAGCGGAGGCUCGACCAGAUUCGAAAUCCGAUAAAGAUUCACCAUACCUUGCCGAUCAAGAAGACCCCAUGGCAUAUCCAGCCCCCCACCGAACUUCCGUGAACCGCCAGAAAUCAACAGACACCCCGUUGGGUUCUUCACCGAUGCGUCGGGUAGGAAGUGCAGAUAGGCCAGCAUCGGGCAUUUCCAAAGACCACCCCCGAGGCAGUACCCCGCCACAACGGCCAGGUCCAGUCACGCAAGCUACCGCCCCCGGACGACAGGAACUCGUUGAUCGUAAUUCUGCGGCGGGUGCGAUGGAACGACAGAGAAACCGCAAUACCUAUUCUGGGCCGUCUAAAUCACAGGUUGAACGAACUCAAGAGGAAAAUGAACGAGCGGCGCAAGAGGUGGCCUUUGAGAGGGACUAUGUUGUUGUGGAAAAGCGAGCAGUUGAAGUUAACGCUUUUGCUGAUGAGCUGGCACACAGCCCACGGAUUCAAGGUGGAUUUGCUCGGGGACAGACGGGCGCUACGUCUCGACGUGCGACAACCCAGGGUCUCCCGACCAUAUCAUCGAACUCGCAUUCCAAGGCCAUGCAAAUUGUUUCUAAUCGCGCCCGGGCAGACUCGACGCACCAACGACAGCAUUCGUAUGAGCGUCGCUAUGGACAGAGCCCAACUUCGGCGACAUCCGCGAUUUCCAAAGCUCUGAACAUGGCUAGCGGUCGUCUUUUCGGUAUAGGCUUUUCACCCCCGAUGGCUGCUACAAAAGGAGGGCGUUCACCACCUCUAGCUUAUAACCCUUUCCCAGCCUAUCCCUCUGCUCAGGUGAGCCUGAUGCUAAUGGGAGAGGGGCCCAAGACCAAUGCUGCCGCCGAUGAAGACUACAGGACAGUCUCGGUGAUUGAAGAAUGUGCAACCCGCAGUGAUGUUGUCUAUGGAUUCGCUGAAGUCAAGUAUAAGCAGCUUAUUCCACUGGCACCUUCAGCAAACAUUGACCCUUCGAGACCGACUGGAGCCACUGAUGCCGAUGACUCUGGUGAUGAUGGCUUGACCAUCGACGCCAUUAUCACCCUUUCUGAGGAAGCACUAGUUCUAUAUGUGAAAGCUCUGUCAUUACUUGCAAAGUCCAUGGAUAUUGCAGGUGCAUGGUGGUCACGAAAGAACCGAGAAGAGUCAUAUGGCGAUCAGUCCAACCGAAAUGAUGGUACAAGCGCACUGGCUGGUACUCGAAUCAACAAUGUCGUCCAGUGGGUUCGAAGCCGGUUCAAUGAAGUUCUGGAGAAGGCUGAAUUUGUCCGCUUAAAGCUCAUUGAAGCCCAAAUGCGCUUACCACUCGAUCAUCCGGCCCACUUGAAUAAUCGUUCCGUUGGUUCCACUGCGGCUUCUUGCGGAUCAGCCGAUGUUGUUGUCAGCCCUGGAGUCACUGCCGAGAAGUUGAUGUUUGACCGGGCACUGGAAAUGAGUCGGGCUGCAGCCAUUAAUGAGUUGACCAGUGAAGACCUUGCUGGAUGCGAGAUUGCCUACGUUACAGCUAUCCGCAUGCUAGAGGCAGUCCUAGAAGAUGACGGAUCAAGUUCGACAUCUGGCGUUACGCAUGGUGCUUCAGACACAAGCGAUAAGAACUCCUCGGAUGACAUACAGGGGGAGGAUCGCCAGGUGGUUGUCAAGUUGGUCUCUAGCAUGCGUGGUCGCCUGACAUCUCUCCGGAAAAAGCUUGCCGUCCUCUCGAAACGAUCAUCACUACCAACGCCCACACUAGGUGGUGGUCGUAUGCCAUCUUCCAAUCUGGUUCCUAUCUCGCACGCCACAGGAGCUACGCCGCCUCGAUGA